CCGUCCCACCCGCGGUCGGCCAGUCCCCGUUCCGUCCCGCCCCGGCGACUCCACCACCCGCCCCUCUCGCCUCACCUUCCCUGCACGCCCGCCCCAGCAGUUGACCCGCGCGACGCGCCGCCCGUCAGAUCAGAUGGACUACUCCAAGGAGCCGUCUCCCACGCGGUAGUCAAUCCUUCCCCCCUUCCCCGCGAUUCGCCUCCGGCGCGCAUUCUUGUUUCUGCCUGCGCGACCGGCGGCGAUGGCUGACGCGGGCGGUGGCGCGUGCAGGGCGUGGUGGUCGAGGGACACGGUGGCCGUGGUGACUGGCGCCAACCGGGGCAUCGGCCACUCGCUGGCCGCGCGGCUCGCGGAGCACGGCCUCACCGUCGUGCUCACCGCGCGGGACGGCGAGCGCGGGGAGGCCGCCGCCGCGCCGCUCCGCGACCGCGGGCUCCCCGUCGUCUUCCGCCGCCUCGACGUCUCCGACCCCGCCUCCGUCGCCGCCUUCGCCGCCUGGCUCCGCGACACCGUCGGCGGCCUCGACAUCCUGGUGAACAAUGCUGCCGUGUCCUUCAACGAGAUCGACACCAACUCGGUGGAGCACGCGGAGACGGUCCUCAACACCAACUUCUACGGAACCAAGCUGCUGACCGAGGCGCUCCUGCCCCUCUUCCGGCGAUCGCCGGCCACCAGCCGGAUCCUCAACAUCAGCUCGCAGCUUGGCCUUCUUAACAAGGUGCGCAACCCGUCGCUGAGGAGGCUGCUGCUGGACGAGGAGACCCUGACGGAGGGCAAGAUCGAGGCCAUGGUGUCGCAGUUCCUGGCGCAGGUCAAGGACGGGACGUGGGCGGAGCACGGGUGGCCCAAGGUGUGGACGGACUACGCCGUCUCCAAGCUGGCGCUGAACGCCUACACCCGCGUCCUGGCGCGGCGGCUGCAGUCUGGCGGCGAGCGCGUCAGCGUGAACUGCUUCUGCCCCGGGUUCACGCGGACCGACAUGACCAAGGGCUGGGGCAAGCGCACCGCCGAGGAGGUGGCCGACUUCGGCGCCCGGCUCGCGCUGCUCCCGCCCGGCGAGCUCCCCACCGGCACCUUCUUCAAGUGGCGCACGCCGCAGCUCUACUCCAAGCUGUGAGAGACGGAGGAUCGCACGAGUCCGAUGGUGUUCGUCUGUACGUCCCGUGCGUGGUCGAUGGUUGCUGGAAUUCUAGGCGCCUUGCUGUACGUCCGUGGUGGAGUAAAUAUCUCGUUUCAGUUUAGCCAUCGUUGUUGCUAGUUCGCUGCUGCUCCUACCUAAGUGUACAAUAGCUGAUAAAUCGCUGGUGUUCUGCUCGUCCCAUUGCUUUGGAUCUUAACACGGCAUGGAUUCAAGUAGCGUCUCAUUGCUUAGCCGUCAGCCCGUCACCAAGAUUGUAGAGAACAAUGUGAGCCCGUGUAGUGCCAUUGUGCCAUCUUCCGGGAAAUCAAGCAGAAACACCGGCACUGUGUGUGUGGCAACGUCCCCUCUUGGCCAGAUGGAGAAUAAUUUGGAUGAUCAUAUCAUAGCAGGGGCCGCCUUGGCUAGAAGUAGGGAAUCAUGUUCGCUUCCUUGCUCCUCGGGAGAUCGCCUGUAUUCCGUUUGACAUUGAUUAAUAUAAGGGUCAGAGUUUCGAUGUUGUA